AUGCCCGCUCGUCUCGUAUCACAUGCGGCGCUUGGCGAGGGUGGCUGCAACUGGAACCGUGCCGCGGUGAACGAUCCCUAUAGCUCACUGGGUUUUAAGUCAAAGCCGAUUACUGACCACUGUCAGUAUUAUCGCAAAGCACGCCGAACUGAGUCUAUCAUGCAUAAGCCGACUCACAGCAUGUUUCGGAACGAUAUCUCGGGACCGGACCUCAAUACCCCGACUGCCACCUCCUCUUCUGCCCAUCUCACUCCUAUGCAGCCUGAUCUUUGUUCGAAGCCACCGCUGGUGUGGGACUGGGAUCUUGAACAUGAAGAUAGGAAGAAGGAAGCGAAGGCUGAUGCCGCCAUACAUGGUGUCCCGCCCUUUCAGGUCGACAGAAAGCUGCUCAAAGACAUCGUGCAUGAGAGAAUGAGCACUGAAGUAGCACGGAUUCACUUCUUGGGCGCAGGGACCUUUCAUAAGGGCUACCUGAUCACACUCGCAGAUGGUCGGGAAGUGGUUGCCCGUGUGGCUCGGCGUUUUAUGCCUCGUCUUAAGACAGAAUCCGAAGUGGCCACGAUGAAGUAUCUCCGCGAACACACGUCCAUCCCCGUGCCCACAGUGUAUGACUACGACGCUAAUCCGUACAACCGGCUGGGCGGGGAAUACAUUCUCAUGUCCAAGGCGAAAGGGAUCCAACUCGGAAAGGUGUUCCACUCAAUGGGCCAUAAUGAGCUCAUCGCGCUCAUGGAGAACCUCGCGUCGCUGGUGAUCCCGCUGUUCGCGUAUCGGUUUCCGCGCAUCGGCUCGCUGUACGAGGGGUCAGGCCCAGCGGGGCCGGGCGGCGGGUCGUCCAUGUCCCCGACGCCCACGGCAACAUCGCCCACGAGGCCGUGCUUCGUCGGGGCGGGCAACUUCCACCUGGGGCCGAUUAUUUCGUGGCCGUUCUUCGGGUCGAACCGCGGGGAGCUGCUGCACCCGCAGGAGGUUAACCGCGGGCCGUGGGACAGCACGCACGCCUACCUCCUCGCGUGCGCGGAACGGGAGAUCAACGGGGUGAUUCUCGAGAACGAGGGCAAGGUGGCACCCCACCGACUGCACCUGGACCCAGACGAGAUCUUAGCUUCGCGGCACCACCAGGUCAAGGGGCUGCCCGGAGACGAGAGCGACCAGAGCGACGAGUGGGACUGGGAUGAGAGCGAGGGGGAGUGGGACGGCCCGGGUGAUACCAUGUACAGGGAUUACCGGAGGAUGCAGCGCAGCACGUUCCUGGUCGCCCAUCUCACGGAGCGCGAGGAUCGCGUGCGGGAGGAGAUGAGCAGGUUUGUACAUAUGAUGGAGCGGUUGGGCGUAGUGGCGCACGAGGAGGGCGACGGUGGUGGCGGAGAGGAAUUUUCGCUAGACUGUCACGACUUGAGCCUGGAGAACGUCUUCGUGGAUGAGAAUGAUCACUCCAAGAUUACUUGUGUGAUCGAUUGGGAAUCUACGACUACUCGUCCGUUAUGGGCGUGUGCACACGUCCCUACGUUCAUGCAGUCCAGCCCUUUCACUGCCAAAUUCUUCCGAGCUACAGUAGAGAAGAUGGCCACUCAGCGCCGCACCGUCGUUGUCGAGGGUCGGAAGAUGGACUUUGGUGCGAUUGCGACGGAGUGGCUCAACCUUGAAUCUACUGGUGCGCGUCUGCGCAUGGCGCACCGGUGCAUCGAGUGGGAUGGCUGGGAAGAAGGGCUCGUGGAGAGCAUCCUUGGCCCUUCGGACCAGGAGUCCGACUGGUUCAGGAGCUGGGAAGAGCUCUAUGCCGAGGCGCACACUCCCAUCGACCAUGCCAACGUCAUUUGCAGCUCGGAGUCGUCUGGGUCGCCCACGCUCAACGAAUCUGACGAAGAGGCACAGAAACGCAUAACAAAAGGAGAUGCGGGCGCGAACGCGGACAACGAUGCGAAGAAGCGGGCGCAUGCCCCGAUGGUCGCGAAGGUCGUCGCGGAGGAGAAGAAGAAGGAGAAGCUGCUCAAUGCCACCGGCGACAUCUGCGGCGGACGCGGCGGAGAGCUGGGCAGAAGGCUCGAAGCUUGGCUGUAUAUCCAUGGCAACGAGGAUGGGCAUAUUGACCUGCAGAGACGAUGGGAGGGUGACGAGGAGGAAGGGUGA